GCGGCGGUGAUGGCGGUGCGUGAACGCGCGGCGGCAGCAAUGGCCGCUCUGGAGCGGCGGGUGCCGAGUCUCGAUGACUUUGCGGGACAGAGCUGGAGCUCGUGGGUGGAACGGGUCGACUUGCCUGCAGCUGACGGGGCUGAGCUGGAGGAGAAUAGCAAAAACAUGAAGAAGAUGGAUGCCAUGACCCUCAUUAAAGAAGACAUGUCCAUCUUCGGGCACUGCCCUGCCCAUGACGACUUCUAUUUGGUUGUGUGUAACCACUGCAGCCAAGUGGUGAAGCCUCAAGCUUUCCAGAAGCACUGCGAAAGAAGACAUGGGCCCCUCAGCAAGCUUUACGCCCGGGCCCCACCCCCACCUCCAGCCCCUGCCAGCUCCCAGAAAUGCCACGUAGUGAAUGGGCAGGGCCCAGCUUGUAGGGCCCCAGGUUCCACCAAAACCUCCUCCAGGGAGAAGGGCCAGGGGUCCCGGAGCCGUGGCCACCAGCCUCCGGAGAAGACCCAGAAGGACAACCUCUGCCAGCCAGGCGGCCCUACCAAGGACUCCCCUGGAAAAAUCCCCAUGGCACCAUCUCUUAAAGAACCUCCUGGCAGGGAGAGCAUCGAGGCAACCUCCAGCGAGGGCCCCAGUCACCGAGGUGAAGGCAGCCCUCCUGAGAAGGAGCCUGGUGGGGCCAGACUGCCUUCCAAAACCCACCGGAAGAUGGCUCGGAAGGAGUGCGACCUCAACAGGCAGUGUGGCGUAAUAAAUCCAGAGACCAAAAAGAUCUGCACACGCCUGUUGACCUGCAAGAUCCACUCAGUGCACCAGCGCCGGGAGGUCCAGGGUCGGGCCAAAGACUUUGAUGUGCUGGUGGCAGAGUUGAAGGCCAACUCCCGUAAAGGAGAGUCUCCCAAGGAGAAGAGCCCAGCGCGCAGGGAACCUGCUCUGGAGCACCCAUUUCAGGAUCCCCCUUCCUCAGUCCAGGUUGUGGCAGCAGCAGCUGCUCCCAGUAGCACCUUCUCUGCUCGUGCCAAGCAGAGCUACCCAUACUGUGUACUGCCCAGGUCCCGGGCCUCCUCUGAAAGUGAGUUGGAUGAUGAAGGCCCCUGUGGUGGUGAUGGGGACCCAGGCCUGUUCCCCUUUCCCCUGCCCCGGUGUGGAGCCCAGGCCUCCAGCGAGGAGAGUGAGGAGGAGGGGACAUCUGAGGACCUCCACCUCGCCCCAGACUGCCAUUAUGCAACUCGGCCCCCACGGCCACAGGCGUUCUGCACUUUUGGGAGCCGGCUGGUGAGCCCAGGAUGCUAUGUGUUUAGCCGCCGGCUGGACCGGUUCUGCUCGGCACUCAGCUCCAUGCUGGAACGGCACCUCAGCUCACACAUGUGGAAAAAGAUCCCACCUGCAGCUGAGCCUCUAUCCCACCUUGUCAACUCCCCGCUUUCUGCUCCCCUGAGCCCAUCCUCUAUGGGCAGUUGCCCCCGCCUUCCAGGCUUACCUCCCAGGCCUGUCUGCGCAUCCUCCACUCCCCCCACCAAGGACAGCCUUGUCCCCAGCUACCCUGCAGGCUCUCCCAGUGUGGCAGCUGCCUGUAGUCAGGCAGAGUGCAUAGGUGGAAGCCAGGCCAUCACCUCACCACUGCCUGCCAACACGCCAUCCCCGUCCUUCAGCAAACUCCCACCUUCCAAGGCUAGCAAGUCGUCCAAAGGCAAGGAUGGGGCUGAGGUGGAGGCAUCGUCUCGAAAGCGGAAACUAUCCCCUGGCCCCACCACUUUCAAACGGACCUGCAUCCUGGAGCCUGCUGGAAAAGGCAAACCCUCUGGUUGCCGGGGCCUCUCUGCAAAGACUAAAACAGCCCUGGGCAUGGGGCUUAAUGGGACAGUGGGACCAAGGGUGAAGCGGGCAGGGUCCCUGGACUGUCCAAGUUCCCCUCAUCAGCCUCCCCCGGUCAAGGCUUCUCAGCUGGAGAACAGGGGAGCAACUGGACACCCAGCCAAGGUUCUACCAACCAAUUGCCUCUCUGAGGAGGAGGUAGCCAAGAAGCGGAAAAACCUGGCUACUUACUGCCGGCCGGUGAAGGCCAAGCACUGUCAGGCAGGUACCCCUGCUAACGUGGCCUGUUCUGUGCGCCGUAAGAAACCAGGCCCAGCCCUGGCCUUUGAGGAGAAGUGCUCCACACUGAAGUCAAAAGCCCAUUAACGAGAAAGUGCCUGCCCACUGCGAUGGAGCCCCCAGCACCUCCUUCUCUCCGGAUCCGGGCCUCGGGCUGCUGCCGCUUUUUAUAACUUUAUAUUAUUUUUUUUAAGAAAACAAAACAAAACAAAAAAACACUUUAAAAUACCUCAAGACUGUCUCCCUGUUCUGUUGCUGCUAAGAAAAUAUAAAAACAGAAUCAUAGAAAAAGA